GGCUGGGGUAUUUCCCGCAGCAGCGCUCGGGGUGCUCAGAGCCCAUCGGGGUGCGCGGAGCAGCCAUGGCCGACGAGCAGCGGGACCUCAUCUCCAACCGCGGCAGCAGCACGCUCAGUGUCGGGGGCACCCAAAGGUCUGUGCUGGGCAGGAGAGCCGCCCUCUCCACGCUCUCCAUCCUGGUGGCCCUGCUCAUCGCUGGCCAGGCCGUCACCAUCUACUUCGUGUACCAGCAGAACGGGCAGAUCAGCAAACUGACCAAGACCUCGCAGACCCUGCAGCUGGAGGCGCUGCAGAGGAAGCUGCCGGCCAGUGCCAAGCCGGUGAACCAGAUGAAGAUGGCCAUGAUGAACAGCCCCAUGGUCAUGAGGGUCCUGCCCCUGGCCACCUCUGCAGCCAACAAGGCCAUGGCCCCAGCCAGCAACAAAACCGAGGACCAAGUCAAGCACCUGCUGCUGCAAGCAGACCCCAGGAAGAUGUUCCCGGAGCUGAAGGACAGCCUGAUGGACAACCUGAAGCGCCUGAAGAGCACCAUGACUUUCGAGGACUGGCAGUCCUUCGAGUCCUGGAUGCACAAGUGGCUGCUGUUUGAAAUGGCCAAGAACCCCAAGCCAGAGGAGAAGCAUAAGGAGAUCCCAGCGAAGAAAGUGCUAACUAAGUGCCAGGCGGAGGCCAGUUCUGGGGGUGUGCAUCCGGGCCGGUUCCAGCCGCAGUGCGAUGAGAACGGGGACUUCCUGCCCAAGCAGUGCAAUGCCUCCACCGGCUACUGCUGGUGCUCCUACAAAAACGGCACCAGGAUUGAGGGCACUGCUACCCGGGAAGAGCUGGACUGCGAGGCCGCUGCCACCGCUGCCCCCCGCACCACCCCGGAGCUGGAGGAGAUGAUGUUCUCCGGGGUGGACAUGCUCAGGCUGGGCGCAGAGAAAGCCAACUAGAAGAGGAUGCCACAGUUGCUGGUCCAGACUCCAGCAUCCAGCUCACAUUUAGUCUCUUUGCUCUGUUUCAUUUCUGCUCUUACACUGCUUUCCAAGGCGAUUAACAGCGGGUGCCCCUGCCCCUCAAGGCAUUGGUUGUGCCCCUUCCUGUGCUGCAGGGCCAAGCUGCCACCAGUGCCAGAGCCACAGCAUCCCCCCAAGGUGGGUACAGGGGGCUGGAGAAUGAUUUCAACAGUGUCAGACCCAUAAAUCCUGUUCCCUUUUGCUCAUGGGCAUCCCGCAGCAGCCCGACAGGCACAGAGCUCACCCUGCUGAACGAGCCACUAAUGCUUUCUUACACUGAAUGAACAUUAAAAGCAGCAAAACAAC